CGCUAGCCGAGUCGAGGCUGCAGACUUGGAGCUCUGUUCAUGGUGUGAGAUGAAAUGGCUUUUUCCAGCCGGUUUCUCUCUCUUCACUCCCUUCUGCGGAGAGUUAAAGUGUCUUCCAGAGACCGGGUGUGUAAACAUUAUUCCGGGGCGACUCGGGGGGAACGUGCCGAGGAGAGAGCCGCCAGCGUCCACCGGAAACACCUGGGCGAGCAGGAAUUAACUAUAGCAAGCGGUCAGAGGCGGGUUUUAAAGGACGUCUUGCCUUUCUCAGAAUUCCUCACGGACACUUUUGGAAGGAGACACAAUUAUCUGCGGAUUUCCCUGACAGAAAAAUGCAAUCUCCGCUGUCAGUACUGUAUGCCAGAGGAAGGGGUGAAGCUGAGUCCAAAAGAACAGCUCUUAUCUACAGAGGAGGUGCUGACUCUGGCUCGACUGUUUGUGCGAGAGGGAGUGGAGAAGAUCCGCCUGACCGGAGGAGAACCCCUUAUCCGUCCUGACGUCCUCCAUAUAAUUGCGGAAAUGAGGAAAAUGGAGGGUCUGAAGACCAUCGCUGUAACUACUAAUGGCAUGAACCUCGCCAGGCUGCUGCCCGGUUUAAAAAAAGCUGGCGUGAACUUGCUUAACGUCAGUCUCGACUCGUUAGUGCCAGCAAAGUUCGAGUUCAUUGUUCGACGCAAAGGUUUCCAUAAGGUGAUGGAAGGUAUUGAUAAGGCCAUCGAAUUGGGUUACAAUCCGGUUAAGGUGAACUGCGUGGUGAUGAGGGGCCUGAAUGAAGAUGAGCUGCUGGACUUUGUGACUCUGACUGAGAAGAAGCCUCUAGAUGUGCGCUUCAUAGAGUACAUGCCCUUUGAUGGCAAUAAGUGGAACUUCAGGAAGAUGGUGAGUUACGCAGAGAUGCUGGACUGCAUUAAGCAGCAAUGGCCCAGUCUGGAGCCACUUCCUGGAGACGAGACGGGAACCGCCAAGGCUUUCAGAGUACCAGGAUUUCAGGGCCAGCUGGGUUUCAUCACUUCCAUGUCAAAUCAUUUCUGUGGCUCCUGCAACCGUCUGCGCAUCACAGCCGAUGGUAACCUGAAGGUAUGUUUGUUCGGAAACUCUGAGGUGUCUUUGAGAGACUGUCUGCGCUCUGGAGCGUCUGAUGAGGAGCUUCUGCAGAUAAUAGGAGCUGCAGUGGGGCGGAAGAAGAAACAACAUGCUGGCAUGUUCAGUAUAUCCCGGAUGAAGAACAGGCCAAUGAUCCUCAUUGAUGGAGAAGGCAGCCGGCCUGCGCCCGUGUUGAGAAGUGAACAGAGGAGGGAUCCGAUCCCUACUUUCCACGCACCUCUGUCAGGCCGGGCAUCGCCACGCUUGGAGAAACCUUACUACCUGUACUACAGUGGCCAGGCGAGUGAGGACUUAAGCAGCAGCACUUUUCCCAUGACCGCACCAGCUUCUAUAAACUCCGGCGUCUCUUGUGAACACGAGACGCCGCUUAAUGUUUACCAUGUCCAUCAGGGAAGGAGGAAGGAUUUCCCUGAGCAGUUUUGUAGUAUUGCGUUUCCUCGUUUUGAGUAUGCUUCCAGUUCCGAACCACGCACAGAUAGUUUCGUACGGCUGAGACACGCACACAGGCUUGUCGGCUAUCUCAGGCACAACUCGCUGACGGACGCCCGGUCUUUCUCUACAUCUCUUCUUAGCACUUUAACAUUAACACAGCAGAAUGUAAGGACGUGUCACAACCAAGCUGAGCAGCUGACCCACACUGACGUGCAUGGCAGAGCCUCGAUGGUGAACGUCGGCGAUAAAGCAGCGACGCGUCGGACUGCCACAGCGAGCGCCCGCAUUCUUCUAGGCUCCAAAGCUUUCAGCCUGGUCCGUGCCAAUCAGAUAGCUAAGGGUGAUGCUUUGGCUGUCGCACAGCUAGCAGGCAUCAUGGGCGCCAAGAAAACAUCAAGUCUCAUUCCUCUGUGCCACGCCGUAUCCCUCGACCACACCUCUGUCACUGUGGAGCUACUGGAAGAAGGGCACGUGGCUGUCGUCUCGGCAACGUGCCAGGCAACAGGCCGCACCGGCGUGGAGAUGGAGGCUCUGACUGCGGCAUCAGUCGCUGCCCUGGCGCUCUAUGACAUGUGUAAGGCAGUCAGUCGGGAUAUAGUUAUAACCGACAUCAGACUUUUGAGUAAGACAGGAGGACAACGGGGUGAUUUUCACCACACCAGCUAAUACUAACAUGCAGUACAGAUCAUCCGUAAAUAUAACGUAGCUAGAUCAAGCCGACAUUAACCCAAAACGAAGCUCUUACAAAUCUUUAUUGUGCCUUUAGAAUUCUUUAAUAUUGUCUAUAUGUAGCAGAAAAACCUAAACUCGACCCUGGCUACAUUUGUCCUAUUUUUUGAGUCACGUUUGUGAAUAUUUCAGAAACACGCAGAGAUAGUGCUGCUUUUUUUUUUUGAAAGGGCAUUCAGUGUUGGAUUGUCUGAUUAGAUCACUGAGCUUUCUGCUCAUCUAUCAUUAUGAAUGUGUUUUGAUGCUCGAGUCCACGCAUAAUAAUGCAGAGCAGCUUGUGAAGUCGCUGGACAAGACCAGGCUUUGUUGUUUUUAUUCUGUAUUGAAAUCUUGUACCUUGCUGUAAACAGCACUUUUUCCACCUCGUCUUAUCAAGAUGCUGAUGAUCAGGGUGGAGAUUCAGGGAUUGCCAAGUGUUGUAAUGUUGACCGGGGCGACACCAAAGUUCUGGUACACUGUGCCAUUCAGAUAGUCUUCAGUAGGUAUUGAUGUGUGUGCGCCCGUGCCGUUUAUUAUUAUUUUUCCCCCCCACCCUAUAUUACCACUACAGAUAUGGGCUGAAACCAACCAUGAAGGCUUCACGUUGUCCUCCUUUCCACUUUUGAGGUUCUUGUUUCUGCUGGAGUUGGGUAGUUCUUCAGCAGCGAGGCCAAAAUUUAUGAAAUUAUUAAAACUUGUCAGCUUAGUGAUGUUGCUCAAGUAUGGACUCCAAGGCAAAAUGUAAUGAAAACCAUGUUUAAAAGUCACCAUCGCCCUAAUUAUAGCCCCGUCGCUUCAGAGAAACCUUGGUUUGAAAUUUAAGAAAUGAAAGUUCAGUUUCUUCUGAGGUCAUUCUGUUACAGAUUUUGUGUUCAGAGUUAAACAUAAGUUUUUCUAUGCUGUUUUAGGGUUGAGCGCGACCUCAUAUACCCCUUUUCCACCAAAUCAGUUCUAGGGCUGGUUCGGGGCCGGUGCUGGUUCACAACUCGUUCAACUUGCAAGCCAGCUGAGAACCAGUUUGCUUUUCCAUCGCUCGCGGUGCUAAGGGGAGCCAUGUCGCUACGUUUGCAUAAACCUUGGCGCGAAUAUAGAAGCAAAAACAACACAGAAGAAGCAGCAGCGACAACAAUAAUAAUGGAUGACUUCGUUUGUACAGCUGCUGCUUCUUGUCGCUUAAAAAUGGCGGUCUUGUUAUUGUUGUUGGUCUUAACAACUCCGCCCACCCGCUGACAUAAGCGGUUCUUUCCUCUGGCCCAGCAGAGAGUUGGUGCUAGCCUGGAACCGGUUUUUCUGGCCCCAGAGCCAGUUCUUUAUCAGUGGAAACAGAAAACCCGGUUCCAAAUUAAGCACUGGCCCCGAACCAGCCCUGGAACUGCUUUGGUGGAAAAGGGGCAAUACAGUGAAAUAUUUAAUACCAGUACUUUGACUUGGUUACCACAUUUUGCUGUGAAUGUAAUUGUUACUGAAAAACUGCCCAGUGCUUGUUCUGCAGUGACUGUUUGCAACGGAGACAAACUUCAGCUGUCCUGAAGCCGAUUACUGGAUAUUACAGGAGACGUCAGCCCUGGCAUGCCAUGCUGGUAUCCGGUUAUUUAGCACAAAUCCAAAGUCUCUUAGCACAGCUCUGGCUCAUGGUCACAAUAAUCGAGUCAACCAUGAUCUCAAAAGGGAACCCAUCCUCAUUUGGGCAACAACAUGACUAACAGCUUUAACAUAAAGUCAGUUUCGUUGAUGUUAUAAACUCUUUAUUGAUGGAAACUUGAGUGCAAGACUGUUCAUGACAACUGCAGUCCUAAAGCCACACCAAUUCGAUUAGUUGGUUCUCGGAAUCGCCGCUUGAAGAAAAUGCAAAAAAAAAAAAAAAUCGGAAUCGACUGCAGGUUGAGGUCACGUGAUGUCAAAAACCAAUCAAAUCGUCCCUUUCACUUUAAAGACUCGUGGAAGAAACAUGGCUGUGGAGGGGAAUCCUGCAAAGCCUGUGUUUGUGAUUGUUAGGAUAUUCAGCGAACAGAAGCGUAAAAUCUUUGCACGGUUGUACUCAAGAUGCCGUGAGCUUGUUACCCUGCGAUGUGCCAAUAAAAAAUCAUUCGAAGUAUUUAGCCAUCAGAAGUAGCCUACUCCUGGUCAAAUCUUUUUUUUUUUCUGUGCACUGUAGAUGUUCAAUUGACUGUAAUUCAAUCGUUUACUGGUUUGCCUGAUAAAAGACGUGCAGCCAGAGCUAAUGCAUAUGGGUGGAAAUAAGAUAAGCUAUUAAAAGAGCCAUAUGAAAUGUGUAACAAUAAUCUAUUGUCUUUUUGUUUCUCUAUUAUGAAAGCGCUCUAUUUCCACCACUAAUUUUACCUGAAAAAAUCCAAGAACCAACUAAUUAAAUUGGUGUGGCCUAAAGUUAGCAAGUCAACUGUAGUCCUCAGCCAUAAAAGCAUUACUGUAAGGGUCCAGAGCGUCUUCCAAGCGUGACUUUCAACUGUCCGUAUAGGGCCAUCGUCCACAGGAGCAAUGUGAUGAGAUUCCAGCCAGACAUAGGGCAUCAGGAUGGAUCAGGCAGGUCCGAGGAGCAGAAGAGGUCAGCAUCUCAAAUCCAAAAAACAAAACCCCUCAUCUUGAUAUAAGAAGGGGUUUAUUAUGAUUGCUUAGCGCCUGGAAGCCGGAAUUUCUGCUGCCGUGCAUGUUCAGGGUCAGCUGUUGAUCCCUGAAACGUGGACUGAAAAUCCGUGUCUUUGGAUAUUUGUAGCGAAGCCAUAACAAACCUUGAAUGGUGGGCACCUUCAUAGAUAACUUGAGUCGUGGCUCUUGCCCUGCUUGACGAUUAUGUGUUUAGCAUAAAGCUUAGUUAUGAUAAUAUCAAAUGGACUUUUUUCAUACGUAUUUAACCAAUAACACUACAAAGUCUUUAACUGAGGAAAAAAAAAAAAGACUAAUUUCAAAGAAGCUUCCACUAAAGUAUCCUAGAACGAAUGGCAAAACAACCAGCAUAUCAACUGCUUAUAAUACGGCAAUCGUGAAGCAAGAAGAUGAAGAGGUUACGCUGAGACGUAAGGGUCGUUUGAUCAAGACAAGUCUUGAAAACAGGGAAAUUCACUUUGUUGCAUCAUGUUUAUUUGAUUUCUUUUUUUGUUCAAUGCCAUCAACUGCUAAAAAAAAAAAAAUUAAGUGUUCAUAAUAAAGAUCAAGUGUUCUUGGAGCUUGUGCUAAAUAACCGUGAACCAACCAGCCAUUUGACAGGAUUUUCCCCAGAUCAACAUAUUUAAGUGCCAAAACAUUGCUUUACGUUUUAUAGUCUUGUAUCGAUACUCAAGUGUAUGAUUUGUAAAUGGAUCGUCAUUCAUUCAUAUGAUUUUCAAUUUUGUUUGUCCAGCAGAAUCACGUCUUUAAAUAAUCUUAAAAGAUGCUGCUACUGGAUUUUUUUUUUUCUUCAGUCAACAUGACAAGGAUAAUAAAACAUCAG